AUGAUGACAUCAAGGUUGCCUAGUUGUUUUGGUUUGCGUUUUUAUGCCAAACGAGCAGCUACCAUAAGAGCUAAACCUUCCAAAUUAGCUUCUUCAGUAGGUAUUGGUGCUAAAAGAUCCAAAAAAACAGUAAAGAAGAAAGGUAAAGAGGUUGACAUUUUUAAUUACGGUAAAUACGUUGGCUUGAAGGAAAGAGAUCCUGGUUCUGAGACUAAAGGUAAAGAAUUGUUGGAUAAAUUAUCGAGUUUUGAUCAGCUAAAAAUCUUACCAGAAGUUAGAAAUUCAAUUAAAAAUAUCAUUAAAGAUGAAACUUUAUCGAAGAAGGCUAAAGAAAGUGAGGAUGUAAUCCCAUCUCCAAUUCAAUUGAUUGCAAUGAAGAAAUUGUCUAGAACGUUGAUGGAUCCAAAACUACAGCAUCACGCUAUAGCGGCAGAAACUGGUUCUGGGAAGACUAUGGCUUAUUUGAUUCCAUUAUUUGAUUAUUUAAAACGACAGGAAACUGAAUUCCCUGAAGAUUGGGAAUUUAUGCAAGAUAAAGCGAUCAUUAGGUCUGUGAUCUUCCUACCUACUCAUGAAUUAGUGGACCAAGUUUAUAAUACCGUCAAGAAAACAGAAAAUGAUUUGAAAUUCCAUGUGUAUAAAUGGGAUUCAGGUACCAAAUAUCCUGAAAUUGUGGAAAAGCUAAAGAAUAGAAUAGAUAUCUUAAUAACUACACCAGCAAAGCUAUUAAAUCUUUUCAAUAUUCGUAUGAUCAGUAGAGCAGAUAGACUUUUAUCAGAAGUGAAAUUCGUGGUACUAGAUGAAGCAGAUACUUUAUUAGAUAAGUCAUGGGUUGAAGAUACCCAUCGUGCUAUAAGAUCUUUACCUAAUACUAAUCAUUUGUUAUUCUGUUCUGCAACUAUUCCAAAUGAUUUUAAUGAUACUUUGGAAAGGUUGUUCCCAAAUACCAUCCCAAUCACAACUCCAAGACUGCAUAAACUGCCUAAAUCGGUAGACUUCAAGAUUAUUGACUCUUCGAUCAAUCCAUUUAAAGGUUCUAAAAUAAAAGCGCUUGCCCAAACAUUGUAUGCUAUUGCUAAUGACAGCUCAGAGCCAGGAUUUGAAAAACGUUGUAUCGUUUUCACCAAUGAGAAGAAGGAUGUGCCAUAUAUAGUAGAAAAACUAAAAGUCACUUAUGGGCAUGACUGUAUUGGAUUAACAAGUAAUGAUUCAGUUGAAGAAAGGUUAGAAAAAAUUCAUGAUUUUAUUACUCCACCAAAGCCAAUAACAAUGAAAAAGGAAACUCCUAAAAUUGAAAACGAAGAUAGUGUAGAAGUUGAAGGUUCCAAUAUAACAAUUGGGGAUUUUUCUUCAAAAACUUCUGUUAAAAAUAGUAACAGUGAGAGUUCAUUGAAGGUACUAGUAUCAACAGAUUUAAUGGCAAGAGGAUUAAAUUUCCAAGGUGUCCGUAACCUGGUACUGUAUGACGUACCUCAAACUUCUAUUGAUUUGAUUCAUAGGGUAGGUAGAACAGCAAGAAUGCAACAACGUGGUAGAGUCUUCAUGAUCACGGAUAAAAAGACAAAAUCCUGGGCCAAGGCAUUACCAAAGGUUAUAAAAAAGAAUAUGACAUUAAAAUAA